CUUAUGCUGUUGAUAAAUCGUAUCGUUCGGUGUCCUUUGCUCGUAGGUGUCCGCGUGAAAAUUUCUAAAAUCACCUUAACGCGGAAGUUUAAUGAAAAAUUUCACAAUCCAUCGACCCCCACUAUGGUCGAGCAAAAGCGAUAAAGCGAGCACGAGCGCUUCGCGGGUUGGCAAUCGUUCACUGCCGUACAGACGCGGCAGAUUGCUGCGGUUGAGGAAGAUCUUUCAACUCGGUCAACAGAUCCCCCAUAUAGAAAAUAAGCUCCGUCCACAAUGAGCAAAGUUAACAACACUCCGAAAGUCAUUAACUUUGGGGCAGGUCCUGCCAAACUUCCAGAAGAGGUCCUAAAGGAUGUGCAAAAGGAAUUACUUUCCUUAGAAAAUGCUAAAGUCAGUAUCCUUGAGCUCAGUCAUCGAUCGAAUGACUUUAAGAAAAUAAUCGAAGAUGCUCAAGCGAGUGUGCGCAGCCUUUUAAACGUUCCAGAUAAUUAUAAAAUCUUGUUUAUGCAAGGAGGGGGCACGGGUCUAUUUGCAGCAGUGCCUCUCAACCUGAUGUACAAGACCGGGUCCGCGGAUUAUAUCGUGACUGGUUCUUGGUCGGCCAAGGCCGCUAAAGAAGCAGCAAAAUACGGAAAAGUGAAUAUGGUACUGGCAAAGCAGAGCAAAUACACCGAGAUACCUGAUCCAUCCACGUGGAACCUGGAUAAAAACGCUUCUUACGUCUAUUAUUGUUCUAACGAGACUGUACACGGAAUUGAAUUUAAUUAUGUUCCUGAGACAAACGGCAUUCCACUGGUUGCAGACAUGUCUUCUAAUAUUUUUACAAAGCCUCUAGACAUCUCAAAGUUUGGAGUGAUUUUUGCCGGAGCACAAAAAAAUUUUGGACCAUCUGGUAUCACUCUGGUGAUAGUAAGAGAUGAUUUGCUGGGACAUGCGAUGCCAGUAUGUCCGACAAUGUUCGAUUUUGCAGUUAUGGAUAAAGAUAAUUCCAUACACAAUACUCCUCCAACUUUCCAGAUUUACGUGAUUGGAAAAAUAUUUCACUGGCUUAAAAAAAAUGGAGGUGUGGAGGGAAUGGAAAAAUUAGCAAUUAAGAAAAGCGAAAAGAUAUAUCGUGUGAUUGAAGAAUCAAAGGGUUUCUACACAUGUCCUGUUCAGAAAAACGUUAGAAGCAGAAUGAAUAUACCAUUCAGAAUACGCGAUGAUGAAGAGCUUGAAAAUAAAUUUCUAGCAGGUGCUGCUAAGCGUGGAAUGCUCCAACUUAAAGGGCAUAGGUCUGUUGGUGGCAUUCGUGCCUCCUUGUAUAAUGCCGUUACGGAAGAAGAGACUGAGGAACUGGCCAGCUACAUGACAUCGUUCUUCCAAGAAAAUUCGAAAUAAAAAUAUAAGGAUUUUCAAAGAUGAUCUCCAAUAUGAUCAUAUACAUUCCAUUCAUUAUAACUUGUAUUCAUGAAUCGUGACUGCUGUUUAUGUACGAUAGGGUUGGUAAAUUGAUGCAGUGUAAUGAUGUUUUCAACACUCAUUCUAUCCUGUACAAAAUCAUGGUACAUGUAUAUUGAAAUACAAAAUAUUUUUCAUGGUUUACAGCA